UUAGCCAUCGCUAUGCUGCCUUGCACUGCCAUUACCAGCUGUCACAACAAUAAAUUAAAACUUUAGAAUAUAAAAUAAACAAUGGACAUCGCCAAUGUCUGUCGGAUAUGCGCGAAUAAAAUCAGGGGCCAGAAGAGCGAUCGCAACAUAUUCAAGUACAUGCGCGGCAAGCUGCUGGUGCAACUAAAGCUGAUUACAGGAGUGGAGCUCACAACCGACCAGGGACUGCCGGAGUUGGUCUGCGAGCGUUGCUUUUCAGAGCUGGACUUGGCAACCAAGUUCCGCGAGCGCUGCAUCUUCUCGCAGAAGUAUCUGUUGGACAUUAAGAAGAAGGAGCGGGAUCCGAGCAUUGUCCGCGUCAACCUAGAUCCUGAACCGCUGGACGAGGAGUUGAUCGAUGCGGAUCAGUUGGAGGCGCACCACGACGAGGAGUUCUUGAUCUUCGACGGAGCGGACGAGGAAGAGGCUGAAAUAUACGAGUUCCAGCCCGAUGACGAUCCCGAUGACGAUCCCCAAGCCUCAGUGAUGGCGGCUGCGGAGGCGGCGCACCAGGCGGAGAUCCAGGAGCAGCAGCUGGAACGAGCCGCCAAGCGACGCAGGAACUUCUUCAUCUGCGACGAGUGCGGGCAGCUGUUCAAUGACGAAUACCUUUACAACGAGCAUUUGGACGGCCACCUGGGCCGCCGGGAGAUGAAGCAGUUCUUUCCCUGCAACGAAUGCCCGGAGACCUUCAAGAAAAAGGCUCUUCUGAAGCAGCACCGUGCUAAGGUUCAUGGUGGCCAGCGAAAAAAUUUCGAGUGCUCCAUAUGUGGCGAGGUUUUCUCGGCGCUGGGAGCCAAGAUACGGCAUGAAAAAGCUCAUGAGAACGAACGACCUUACCCGUGCUUGGAAUGCGGAAAGAUUUUCUGUACUGUCUCCGAGUUGCAAGACCAUUGUUUAACCCACUCAGAGGACAAUCGAAAAUUCAGGUGUGAGCCCUGCAACCAGAAUUUUAUAACCCGAAAGGCGCUGCUAAGACACACGGAAACUCAACCGCACAAGCGUUUGGCUAGGCAUAUGCAGGACGAAAUUGAAUUGAUCUUUGACAGUUAAUCGAAUUCCUUACACUAUUUAUAAGUUAUUACAUCCGUACAUUUAAUUACAUUGAAGAGUAUCAGCCAGAACUGAUAUGGGAUAUCUAUCAGAAUCCAAGGACGUAUUUUUGUUAAAUCAAUUUAUGUUUUUUUAAAUAAACAUAGGAUUAUGCACCUCUUUAUUCAUUACAAAUAUUCUCCAAUGUAAAAAUUAAGAGUACACAUUGUUAGAAUUAUGAUAGAUUUCCAUAUGUUGGAUAUUGGAUCGUGUUAGAACACGGGCAAAAACUUUCUCUAGGUUUGAAAUUGUAUGUGUUAACUUUGUCUCUUUAUAUUUUAAACUUUUCUGAAUUAAACUAAAAAGGUUUUAAUUUUUGAACAUGUUAAA